AUGGGGGAGUACCUCUUUGAGUGCAGGGCCAUGACUUUGCCAGGGCCAUUGACGGGUUCCGUGCUGCACAUCUUCUUGGUGCUGGAGGAUGUGAUGAAGAAAGAUAAGCUUCGACAGACCGUGCGAUUGGCUCAACAUCUGUGCUCAAAGCUGCCCUCGCGGAGUGUGCAGGACUGCUUGCUGCAGGAGGAGGAGGCUCAGCAGCUGCUUCUCGAUCUGCGCAAGACCUGGAAGCAAGCCCGCGUGCAGCUAGCAGAGGGAGAUUACACCAAGAAAUUGUCGGAGAAGGAUAAGAAAGCAGGUGGGAGCAGCUUUGGACAGUCAUGGAAAGAUUCUCCUGUUACACUCGCUAGCAUGAAGGCCACAAAUGGGUUUGGUUUGGAAUCCAGGUGGAGUGGGCAACAACUUCUGGCUGAUCUGGGGCGGCAAGGAGCACCAUCAAAAGCUCUUGAACCAGGCCUUCGAAGCGCUGCGAAAACCAGCGGGUGCAAUCCAAGCAGGUAA